AUUCACCCCCCCCCCUCUAGACUUUAUAUUUCACCACUUUGGGACCACCAAUUGGUAUCAGAGCAAACUUCUCACUAUCUACGUUUAGAUUAACGAGAAGCGAUCAUAAUGGUGAACAAUAUGGAUCACGGUUUGCCCAAGUUUUCUCUUCUAGGUUAUGAUGAUUGGAAGAUCAUGAUGGAAGCACACCUCUACGCUCUACAUGAUUGCAUGUGGAUGGUGCUUGAGGAUGGACCCUUGAAAAUCCAAAUGGAGAAUUCUGAGAGGAAUCCAGCAACUCCAGAUGUAGUCCAGUACAUUCCAAAGCCCAAGGAAAAAUGGGAUGAUAGAGAUUGCAAAAAGCACAAUCUGGACAACGUCGCCAAAGCAGUCAUCUUCAAGACACUUGAUCCCAUCACCUUCUCCAAAAUCAAGCAUCUCAAGACUGCCAUGGAGAUAUGGCAAGGUCUUGGGAAGCUAUGUGAGGGAUCAGAGGACUUGAGAAAGCAGAAGAUAGAAGUCCUGCUUGAGAAGUUCAAAGGCUUCAAAAUGCUUCCCGGAGAAUCAUUUGAAAUGUUGGAUGAAAGGUUCCACAAAAUCUUGAAUGAUCUUGCCUCACUUAACCACGUUCUUUCUCCCAAAGAAAAGAAUGUAAGGUUACUGAGAUCACUUCCAACCGAGUGGUAUACCAAAGCCACUGCCAUGGAAGAAGGAAGAAACCUGGAAAACUACACUGUCCAAGGGACCUGCCCAAGGAACUGUGACACACCCUCCUCCAGCCAGCCGUCAAGCUCAAAAAUGGAGAACUACGAUGAGGAAUUUGCCAUGAUGGUCAAGCAAUUCCGGAAGUUCAAGAAGUUCUUCAAGAAGGCUGAUUCAAUCAGAAGGCCAACCAAGGGAAAACCACAAGUAAGUGACUCCCCUCCUGAAUCCUAUUUAUGCUAUAACUGCAGGAAGCCUGGCCACUGGAAGUCAGCAUGCCCAUACCCAAAGAUGGAGAAGUACGGAGAAAGAGAAAGAAACGAGAAGAAAAAGAAGGCAAUGGUUGCUGCUGAAAGUGACGAGUCAUCCAGCUCAAGCUCGGAUGAAGAAGCCCUCGUCUGCAUGGAGCGCAGGGUUGAAAAGACCAACCAUGAGGAUAGAUGGACUAUGUCAGAAGAUGACACUCUCUGCCUAAUGGCCAAAGAUGAUGCUGAUCAAGAGGUAAUUUCACAAACCUCCUGCUCAUCUUCUUAUGAAAGCAUACCAACUUCUGAAAAUCUUUUUGAUCAGUUCAAAAAGAUGAUGGAAGAUUUUAAGGAAAUAAAUCUCAAACAUUCAUCCUUAACAGAAGAGAACAAGCUGUUAAGUGAAGAGAAUCUCAAGUUGACUGAAGGUCGGAAAAGUCAACUAAAUGAGAUCACUCAACUUAAAGCUGAAAAUGAAUCUCUCUCUGAAAAGGUGAAAUCCCUUAAUAAAGAGCUAGGGAUACUUAAGUCCAAAGAAGCAGUGGACAAGCUUCUUGAAACGACCAAACAUAAGGGUCGUGAAGGACUUGGGUUUGACCCCUCCAGUUCCAAAAGGAAAGGGAGAACAACUUUCAUCCCUCCUAAACCUACUGCCAAACCAAAUAAGCAGAAAGGAAAGGAAAAGGAGAAACCAACAGAAGUUCCCAAAAAGAUGUCCCUUCUCCAAAUGGACAUCAGAUCAGCCCUAGCAGUAGCUUCUGCAAAUCAGGUAGUGACCAAAGACUACUUGAAGGUGAUCAUUGACAAUCAAAAGGAGGCAUACAAGCUGUUCAGACUUAUUGGCGCAAAUUCUGGGAACCGCAAGAUGGAAGUAAUUCUCCAACAACACAGCCCAUCUCCAAUACCACAGCUCCCUAUUGCAGUCAAAGAAGGAGAAGUAUCUUAUAUUCCUUCUCAUCUGAACAUGACAAAUAUAAUCCUUGAAGCACAGCAAAGAAAUCCGGAAAACUCAGCACAGCAUCUAUCCAGCUCAGGACUGGAUGGAACAGAAUUUAUAGGCACAGUUGUUGACCACUUCUCAAAUGAUGCUCAAUCAGAAGAGAGACGUGAAAAUUUAAGGCGCAUCAAAGAACUGUGCGGGAACAUGAAGGGAAUCAGUGAGGUUGCCGGAUCUUCAAAGCGCAAGAGAAACUGAAGGUUCUUUUCAUCAAACCAGGGGGAAAGUAUGUGAAAACACUAAUUUGCUUUGAUGAAAACACCUUAACACCUUCCUGUUUAAACAUUGCUUGAUUGGUUUAAACAUUGCUUCAACAAUUCUCUUAUUUGUGCUUAUUAUGCUUAACUCAAGUAUGAUUAUGCUUAAUUAUGAGAAAUUUUGUUUCUGAAGCGCAUACAGGGGGAAUGUAAUUCAGGGGGAACUUAACUAGUUUUGGCUAAUAAUUGUUUUUGGCUAUG